CUUAAAAUAACCAUUGGAACGUGAAAGAUCUCCAAUGUGGAAAACCCCCCCACAAAUAACAAAGAGUCAAAGGUGCUCCUGUGAUCAUUAAAAAAAACCUGAGUAGGGAUUUUUGUCAUGACUUUCUCAUCUUUAAGGUUCAGGAGGAGUGGUCAAAAGUCGAGAAGCAAAACCGGAGACGAUGCACAUUAAUGCACCGUAUCAACGUCUGGAAUAUUCUGACCUCCUUGAGCCCUGCUUGUAAACACAGCGGAGUGUUUUAUCAUGAUGACCUCGGGUUGAUGAUUGGCCAAGUUUUGGAGACGCCUGCAAUCAGCGGCCAAGGUUUAUGAUGAUGUUGAGUUGAAUCAGCAUAUAGCUGGAACCUAGGAACAAAAGAUGGAAAAAGCAACAGCGUUAACGCUCGUUCUUCUGCUUUCACGUAUCAGCGGGACAUUUGGGCAGUCUUGUGAGGGCAAAUGUGGGCAAAUGUCCAACUCAUGUUCCUGCCACCCGACGUGCAUGUCUCUGGAGAGCUGCUGCACUGACUAUAAGGAAUUCUGCGUGGAAACCUUUCCGCACUCUGGCUCUAUUUUGGGUGGCGUGGAUUUUCUUGUGCUUGAUGCAACUUUUAACAACGAUUCACACAUUGUAUGCAGGUUCAAUAGUGACACCGACACUGUGGGCUAUGUGGAUGAAAGCGGUCGGGGUCACUGCAUCGCCCCCCUGCUGUAUCAGACUGGAUGGGUUACCUUGCACAUCUCCUCCAAUAACGGUACAACGUUUAGUCGAGCUGGAGCCUGGCUGUCAGUACAUACAGGCAAGUUAGACUCGAAAUUCAAAGCCAUUUUGGUCAACUCAACAAAAUGGCAGUACUAUGGCACACCUCAUGUCGGAGGCUCCCUGGAGAUGACGUGGAACACUUCACUGGUCAAAGCAGACAGAGUCAACAUUGAGCUGUGGGGUUAUAGAGAGACGGGAGCACCCUAUUCGGAGCAGUGGCUGGCAGAAUGGAAGUAUCUGUACUCCCUUGCAAAAGAUCAACCCAACAACGGCGCCUUUAGCUUUGUGCCACAACCAUCUCCUUACUUCUCAAGCUGGGAGCUCGGUGCAGUCCGUGUCAGCUCAAGCGGCCACCAUGAUGGCAUGUGGAAUGUGGAAGCUGCAUGGACAGAGGACCACGCCCUGGCCUGGCACCUGGAGGAGAAGUUCAGAAAGGACUCGCAGGCUUGGGCCCUGGAAAAAUGCGUGGCGUGGGACCAGCUAGAAAACGAGCUGCCCAACUUUCUCAGCGAGAUCAUUGACUGCCCCUGCACGCUGGCUCAAGCCCGAGCCGACACAGGGAGGUUCCAUACUGAUUACGGCUGCGAUAUGGAGAAAGGAAGUGUGUGUACUUACCACCCUGGUAGCGUUCACUGUGUGAGAGCCAUACAAGCCAGCCCCAAGUAUGCGGCGGGGCAGCAGUGUUGCUAUGACAGCAGCGGCGCUCAGGUCCUGACGGCAGACUCAAUCGGUGGCAGCACCCCAGACCGAGCCCACGAUUGGGGCUCGCCUCCUUACAGGAAACCCCCACGGGUCCCCGGACAGUCCCACUGGGUUUACGACGUCCUCAGUUUCUACUACUGUUGCCUGUGGUCCGACAACUGCCACUAUUACUUUAAACACAGGCCAUCCAGUGACUGUAGACGCUACCAACCUCCCAGCUCAGCUGUGGUGUUUGGAGACCCACACUUUAUAACUUUCGAUGGGCUCAGCUACUCCUUCAACGGCAAAGGCGAGUACAGUUUGUUGACGUCAGCUGGGAAAGGACUGACAAUCCAAGGAAGAACCGAGCCGGUCAACGGUGAGCUGAGCAUGCCGCAAACGUUUGUUUGCCAGGAGCAUCAUAUUGAUUUUACAGCCUCGUUCACAGGAACGGCAAUUAACGCGACAAAACUGACAUCCGUCGCCAUGAGAGAGGCGUCCUCUGACAUCAUCGAGGUGCGACUUCUACCUGGUCACAGCCGCCUUCAAGUGCUGCAAAAUCAAAAAGGUCUUGUAUUUACUGAGCAGAGCUGGAUGGACCUCAAUGGUGUGUUUGUGUUUUCUCCGGUGGCUACAAAUGUGACGGUUAUGUUCCCCAGCGGCGCCGGCGUGGAGAUGCGGCUCAGAGAGGAAACCCUAACUGCUACCGUCCUCCUGCCGGAAGAAUUCCAAAACUCUACAGAGGGAUUGUUGGGAAACAUGAACGACAACGCCAUGGACGAUCUUAUUCUCAGCAAUGGUCAGCUGGUGGCAAACUACAGUAACCCAGAGGAGGUGUUCAACUUCGGGGCCAGCUGGGCGGUAUCCAACACCUCUGCCCUGUUUACGUAUGACUCCAAAUACCUUUUGGACACUUAUUACCAUUCCCCAAGGCACGACCGCAACUUUAUUCCAGAGUUUUCCAUCCACGAGAACCCGGAAGAUCCACUCUACAACAUUACGUUUGGCAUUUGCUCUGGGAACGGUUCGCAGUUCUGCAGGUAUGACAUUCUUGUUGGUCGUGAUCCCAAACUGGGAAAUGCCACCAAAAUAUCUUUUCAGAGUCACAUUUCUCUCGUGGAGGACUUAAAGUCAGUGAUUUCUUGUGGCUGGCUUGCACCGCCACCUAAUGGCAAAAAGGAAGGUACUACCUACUUGGAAGGGGCAAAAGUGCGACUGUCUUGCAAUGAUGGCUUCACGCUGGAAGGGUCCGUCGAGCGCACCUGCGAGGCGGACGGGCACUGGUCUGGAGGGGACACAAGCUGCGUGCUUUCAAGUAAUAUUGCCGGCAUUGUCGCUGGUUCAGUAAUCGGUGCUGUCACACUAAUUAUAAUAAUAACAACGCUUAUUCUCCACUCCCGAAGACGGAAAAGGGGACAAUCAAAAGAGACAUUUAUAAAUACUGCCCUCUAACCAGGAUUUGGUUUACAUGCUAUUAUGUACAAUAUUUCCUAAAACUCAUAUUACAGUAAAAAAAAAUCUGACUAUUUUUCUCUUAAACUACAAUUAAUUAUUAUCUACUAUUUACUGCACAUCUUUAUAUAGUUUCAACAGAUUUGUACGUACAGUGGAUGUGCUACAUUGUGUUGUUUGGUGAAGUCCGGUCCUUAAACACGGAUGAAAGUUCAUUAAAAUCAUCACGUUAAGUGAUUGUGUAAUUACUUUAUGAUUGUAGUAACUCAUUGUUUAUCAGAUAACAAUACUUGAAUGUUGUGUUGCUCAGCUGAGUUUGUUUCUGACUUAUUCCUGCUUCAGGCAGGACAAUAAACACACGCUUGUGGACAGAUCCAUUGAUGUUUGAUAGUCCAA